AUGUCUAGAGAUUUACCUAAAUCCAUCCCAGACUUUUUCUGGGGCUGGACUGCUAAGAUACCCUCAGAAAUCACCUUCAACAAGUCCAAAGAACAAUUAGAGUCUGCAGAUUUGAUCAUCCAUGAAGAAGAUCACCAAGGAGAUGUCGAUGACAUAAUUCCACCUUCCAAAGUAAAGUUGAAUAAUAUGUGGUCCGGGUUUAUCUCUGGAGCCGGGUUGUUCUCCGAUGGUUACGUCAACAACUCCAUUUCCACCGUCACCACGUGUUUGUCUAUUUUAUAUCCUAAAGAAUAUGCUGAUUCCAGUGCCAUCUCCAAUGUGUCCUCCAUUGCCUUUGCUGGUACCGUUUUCGGGAUGCUUCUUUUUGGAUAUAUCUCCGAUCACGUGCACAGAAAGGGUGGGAUGAUGGCUGCCAAUGUCUUGUUAAUUGUAUUCACCAUCUUGUGUGCUGUAGCCACUUGGGGUAAAACACCUUAUGGAUUAUUCACUGCCAUUACGGUGUUUAGAUUCUUUUUGGGGGUUGGAAUUGGUGCUGAGUAUCCAACUGCUUCUGUGAUUUGUUCCGAAUUCUCCAACCAAUUACCACUGGGUCACAGAAAUAGAUACUUUGUAUGGUUCACCAAUUUUAUGAUUGAUUUUGGGUUUGUGGUGUCUUCUUUCGUUCCAUUGGUAUGUUUAUGGAUCUUUAGAGAGAACCACUUGAACCCAGUUUGGAGAGUAACAUUGGGGUUAGGAGUUAUAUGCCCAUUCCUUUUAUUCUUUGCCAGAAUGCACUUGGUCAACUCCAAGUCUUAUGAUAAAUUUAACAUGAAAAAGUCCAAAAAGGUUCCUUAUUUGCUUAUCAUCAAGUUCUAUUGGUUAAGAUUGACUGUGGUGUCCAUCAUUUGGUUUAUCUACGAUUUUUCAGCCUAUUCCUUUGGGAUUUAUUCGUCAUUCAUUUUCAACCAAAUCAUUCCAGAUGGUGAUAUUUAUAAGACUUUUGGCUGGAACGUGGUGUUCAACUUGUUUUACUUACCAGGUGCCUUUUUGGGUGCAUUGGCUGCUGACUAUUUCGGUCCCAGAUUAACUAUCGGUGUAGGUUUAUUAUUGCAAGGUACGGUUGGGUUUAUAAUGUCUGGUACUUAUUCCCACUUGAAAAAUCAUAUUGGAGCCUUUGUUGUUGUAUACGGGAUCUUUUCCACUUUGGGAGAGUUUGGACCUGGUGAUAACAUUGGAUUAUUGGCUUCCAAAACUUCAGCUACUCCAAUUCGUGGUGAAUAUUAUGGCAUAGCUGCUGCCGUAGGUAAAGUUGGUGCCUUUGUAGGGACUUAUGUUUUCCCUAUUAUCAUUAGAAAUAAUGGUGGUAAGGGUACAGAUAGUGGGAUGAGAGCUCCUUAUCAAGUGUCUUCAGCCUUGUGUUUCUUUGCAGCCUUCUUGGCUAUUUUCAUGUGUCCUUCUAUUGGCCAAGAUGCAAUCAACAAGGAAGAUUUGGAAUUUGUGGAGUACUUGAAACUCAAUGGUUACGACAUUUCCCAAAUGGGUUCGGAAGAGUACAAUCAUUCCAAUUUGGUGGGUACUACAAGAUCAAACACUGGUGGGUAUAAGGAUAAAGCUGAAGAAUCUGUUGCUGUUGAAGAAGUUAGUUCCAGGGAAUUGUAA